UGUCUUCGCCCCGCCCCCGGGGUGUGGGAGCGAGGCAGUUCCGCCCGGCGCUCCGUUGUGGGCGGAAGCGGAGCGGAGGGGAACGAAGCGAAGCGGUCUGAGGCGGGGGUCUUGCGGCGAGCGGCGGAGCAGUCCCGGCCCGUGAGGGGAUCCGUGGUGGGAGCCGAGCGCGCCGCCUCCCUGAGGCGCACACCGCGGGCUCUCCCUUCGCGACUCGCAGCCGGUGGCACCAUGUCGGCCCUCCCGAGGAGCUACAACCCCUUCGCCGAGGAGGAAGAAGAGGAGGCGGCGGCGUGGCGGCCGGCGAGGGGCGGCGGGGAGGCGGACGGCACCGAUCGGCAGCGGUACCUGCGGCAGGAGGUGCUGCGUCGCUCCGCCGCCACCGCCGACAGCACCGCCCGCUCCCUCUCGCUCCUCUACGAGUCGGAGCGGAUCGGCGUGGCCACCUCCGAGGAGCUUGUACGUCAAGGAGAGGUUCUGAAGCGCACAGAACAAAUGGUGGACAAAAUGGACCAGGACCUGAAGACCAGUCAGAGGCACAUAAAUAGCAUUAAGAGUGUUUGGGGGGGCUUGGUAAACUACUUCAAAGCCAAACCUCCAGAGAGCAAGCCAGAGCAGAAUGGAAGCCCUGAAUAUUAUGCUAACAGUAGAUUAAAAGAAGCAAUGAUGUCUAGUAAAGAACAAGAGUCAAAAUACCAGGAAAGUCAUCCAAAUUUAAGGAAACUAGAUAAUUCAGACAAUGAUUUUGGCAAAGCAGAUUUAGUUUCUUCAGUGCAAGGGGAUUCCUACCCGAAGAACCAACACCUGCGAGCUUACCACCAGAAAAUUGAUAACAACUUAGAUGAGAUGUCUUCUGGGUUGAGUCGUCUGAAGAACCUUGCUCUUGGUCUGCAGACAGAAAUAGAUGAGCAGGAUGAGGUGCUGGAUCGGCUCACAAAGAAAGUAGAGAUACUGGAUGUCAACAUUAAAAGCACUGAUAAAAAAGUCCGACAACUUUAAAGGGGUUUCAGGAUUAUUUUUUUUUUGUCCAGCAUCAGUUCUUUUCGAAUGUCUUAUCUCAACCAAUCUUUUAAAACAGUAUCUGUUUCUCUUUUUUUUCUGAUCCACUAUUGCUGUUUUUUGGUCAUUAAAAUAGCAUAACCCGAAGUGCAGCGUAAUACCUUACGUUGUUUCUUAAUGUAUGUGGGAAAAGUGCAUAUUGAGUAAAAUCUCGCAGCACUUGGUAAAUGUUUUUUUGCUGGACACCCUUCUCAGUUUUAUAAUUGUGUGUUGUGUGUGGAGGAAUUUGCAGUCCAUGAAGCUUCAGUGUCCUUGGCCUGGUGAUGAGAAAAGUAACUGCAUUUUCCUUCUGGUUUUGGGGAGGGGGCAGGGGGAACAGAAUGUGCUGCUUUGUUCUGAACAAAUGUUGCUAAUUCUGUUUACCUACAGCUAUUUUAAAUUCUAAAAAAAAAAAUAUGCUGAUUUCCAGCUGUAAAAAUAAUUCACAGUGACUGUUCACUGGCAUGCUAGGGCUUAAGGAACGAAAUGUUCUGUGGAAGUUGUAAAAUAUGAGUGUCAUGCAGUAGUGAUAAGAUCCUGUGUGUGUUCCCUUUUCUAAGAUGACUUUGGCCAAACGGUGGAUCCAUGAACUGUGUUUUUUAAGUUUGGGUCACUAAAUGCUAUCACCUUUAUGGUAUUUUCAGUAAAGAUCUCUAAGGAUAUCAUAUGGUCUGCAAGAAACUUUGACAGUGACCUGAAGAGUUUUCAGUGGCGAAAUGGGAACUUAAAUGUGUGUGUUCCUACAGAUUCUUUUGUAGAAAUUGUCAACAUUUGCUUUUUUUGUCUUACGUUUUCCUUGAGCUUAUUGAGUUAAGUGGUUAUUUGAUAAAUAGUUUCCAUUCUAGAAAUGGAGAAUUAGUCUGAUAUUGCACAAAGAGAUCAUAGGAGAUUGUUCUUCAAAAUAACAUUUAUUUCAAAUGUAAGUAGGGAUUGAGCAGAUGCUGUGUUUUGCUAGGUAAUGUGACUUUUUAAGGAAUUUGGCUAAAAUUCAUAUACUUCUGCACUGGCUUAGCAGGUAUAAGAAGUUCCUGCAAAUGAAGAAAAGUUCAGAAAUGUGUUUGAGUCUUCCAGAAACAAGCUGAGCCUUCCAAUUUGUUGUGUUUUUGAAAAUCUCACUGCAGAACAAAAUAAUUACAAUUCUGCUCCAGCAGACGAGGCAUGACAAUGAGAACUUGCUGUUAGUCUUGAACCCAAGAUGUUCCUUCUGCUUGGAGAGGCCAGGAGACCUGUGUCAGUAUUGAAACACUCCCUAUCACAAAUGACAGAGUGGCUGAGAGGGGUUCUUUAGCAGGUCCCACAAUUUUUUAUGAAUUAAAGGAGCACCCUGGUGUUUAGAAUCAUCAAAAUUUUGUCCUUCAUGAACAUCACAUCCAUACCUUCCCCCUUCCUUUCAAAAGGCUGAAAAGACUUGUAUUUCUUAUCCCAGUUUUGUUUAACAGAAACUCAAUCAUCUUAGAAAGGAUGUAUAAAUUAUCCAGAACAGAACAUAAAAAAUUUCACAGUAAUUAACACUUUUUAAUGUGAAAUCUGUCUUCACCAGUGUGCAGCUAUUUCACAACAUCUUUUUCCAAAUAUUUUGCUAGCUAGGAUGUACACUGCAACCUUCUCCACUAAGUUUAUGGCUAAUGAAGGAAAAAUGUAGCUGGAUAGUUCAGUUGUGUUUGUGUGUUAAUAAGAAGUAGACUUGAAUUCAAGCAAAAAUCUUGGAUUUAAGAGUGAAGUGUGUUGCCUUUCUGAUGUAAGCUAUUCCAUUUUUUAGUCUAAACUAUUUCACAAAAUGAACUCAAGUUUUUGUUCAACUGUUUUGUUGUAUUACCCUUAUGAAAUAUUUACUGAAUCAUGGAUAUCUGAUGCCUCUAAAAACAAAGGCAGGGAAGGGGAAUUUAAAAAAAUUUUUAAAUUCCUAUUUCUGCUUUGAGAACCUUGUGAUCCAAGCAGAUGAGAAAACCAGGAUCCCAGCCAUGUGGAAGUUACAGAGGUCUAACUUCUCAUGGCUUCUAAUAAUCCCAUUCACUAGCUUAGUAAUGUACGUCUUUGUUUGCUUAGUUUGCUUUUCUGCUCUAUUUAUUAUUUUUGUUUUGGUUUUUAAUGGCCUUGUUUUAAAGGAUUAUUUCUCACAUUGGAUUUCUUUUGUGGGGAAAAAAAGAUUGUGCAUGGGUAUAAAUGAAUUUCUGCUACAAACUGGAAUUCCCUUUCAGCUUUGAUGCAGAUACUUUGUACUGAUAAAGAACUUAAGUCUAACUGACACAGAGAGACACCACUGUACACCAUGUUGUAAUAGUGAUUAUUUUUUUUUUUUGCUCAUUAGAGUAACUCCCAUCCUUUAGAAAGAUGGAAAGAGGAAAUGUUUUUGCCUUUCCAGGAAAUGUGAUUUUGCAUGUGUUCUCAAGGACUUAUUUCAGUAGUUUUUCUUAUUUUCAAAGUUUUAUUUCUUCCUGGAUACUGUUGAAAAACUUACUUUGUGCACAGUAUAGGGCUCUCAGAAGAAAUUGAAUUUACUCUCAAGUGCUAACUUAAGUUAAAUGAUUUUGCCUAAAUACUCACACUGGCAUGGAAAUUGAUGUCCAUACAGUGAAAUAGCUCUGGUUGACUUUAUUCAUAUUGGCUUGAGUAGAAUUUAAUAUUAAAGUCAGAAAAAGGUAGAAAAGAAAAUUAAGUCUUUAUAAAAGGUGAUUUUUCUUGCUCCUCAGAAUGUUUACUAAUAAGUUUUGAAGAUGUUUUAAACACCAGGAAAUAGAAAUGGUGAAAUAGAGAGUACUUUCCACCACUUUGCCUUCUGAACAAACAGAUUUUUGUGGGCAUUUUUACAAGUGCAACAUCAUAUGGAGGAUGUGUGUGAAUGUGCACUUUGAAAUAUAUAGGACUUACUUUUCAAAAGCACAGGUAGUGAUUUUUGUGUCUAUGGCUUUUUUGAAUAGUACUUUAAUUCUGUGCCACCCAGGUAUAACACUUUUUAUACAACUCAGAGUAGACUAUCUUUCUCUUUUGUUUAAAUGCUAAACUGGACUGUAAUUCAGCAAUUUAGGAGACUAAAUGCAGUGAAUGUUGAAUGGUAAGAAAUGGUCAAUAAAGGUGCUUAUUGUUAA